AACGGAGGUGCCCUGGCGGAGGCUGGUGCGCCCCGGCUCGGGUGAUCUGGCGCAGACCCCAGGGGGUGCUUGGCGCUCGGCGGGCUCCUCCCCGUUUGCUGCGGCCUCGGAGCUCGGCGUGCUCGUGUGGCCUUCCGCAGAAUGUGGAUGACGCCCAAGAGGAUCAGGAUGGAAGUCGACGAGGCUCUCGUGUUCCGGCCCGAGUGGACCCAGCGUUACCUGGUGGUGGAGCCUGCGGAGGGCGACGGGGCCCUGUGCCUGGUGUGUCGCCGCCUGGUCGCCUCGACCCGGGAACGCGACGUGAGGCGCCACUACGAGGCAGAACACGAAUUCUACGAACGGUUCGUAGGGGACGAGGAGCGCGCGGCCCUGGUAGAGCGGCUGCGACAGGGCGACAUGUCCCUGGCGGCCGUGCUCACUCCGGAGGAGAGAGCGACGCGGGCAGGCCUCGGCCUCUGUCGCUUCUUGGCCUUGAAGGGUCGCGGCUGGGGUGAGGGAGACUUCGUACACCAGUGCAUGGAGGUGUUGCUGAGAGAGGUGCUGCCCGAUCACGUCGGCGUCCUGGAAGGCAUUGAUUUAUCGCCGGAGAUCACGCGCCAGAGAAUUCUGAGCAUUGACAGCAAUCUCCGCAGCCAGCUGUUUAACCGAGCCAGGGACUUCAAGGCCUAUUCUCUCGCUUUGGAUGACCAGGCUUUUGUGGCCUAUGAGAACUACCUCCUGGUCUUCAUCCGUGGCGUCGGCCGCGACCUGGAGGUUCAGGAAGAUCUUCUGACGAUUGUCAACCUGACUCAUCACUUCAGUGUCGGGGCCCUCAUGUCGGCAAUUCUGGAGGCCCUGCAGACAGCAGGACUCAGCUUACAGCGAAUGGUUGGACUGACCACGACCCACACCCUAAGGAUGAUCGGCGAGAACUCGGGACUGGUCUCCUACAUGAGAGAAAAGGCCGUGAGCCCCAACUGUUGGAACGUUAUCCACUAUUCGGGAUUUCUGCACUUAGAACUGCUGAGUUCUUACGAUGUUGAUAUUAAUCAGAUCAUAAAUACCAUAUCCGAGUGGGUAGUUAUGAUUAAGACCCGAGGUGUUAGACGACCAGAGUUCCAGCCUUUACUAACUGAAUCUGAAUCCGAGCACGGCGAAAGGGUUAAUGGACGGUGUUUGAACAACUGGCUGAGAAGAGGCAAGACGUUAAAACUAAUAUUUUCACUAAGAAAAGAAAUAGAGGCUUUCUUGGUUUCGGUGGGGGCCACAACAGUCCACUUCUCAGACAAGCAGUGGCUCUGUGAUUUUGGCUUCUUGGUAGAUAUUAUGGACUAUCUUCGAGAGAUCAGUGAAGAACUGCAGAUCAGUAAGGUCUUUGCCGCUGCCGCCUUUGAACGAAUCUGUACCUUUGAGGGAAAGCUGAGUUCACUUCAGAGACAUAUGGAGGAAGUCAAUCUAGCCGACUUUCCUGCCUUCAGCAUAAUCGUUGAUGAACUUAAACAGCAGUUUAAGGAAGAUCAGAAAAUAUUUGAUCCUGACAGGUAUCAGAUGGUGAUCUCCCGCCUACAGAAAGAUUUUGAGAGACAUUUUAAGGACCUCAGGUUCAUUAAAAAGGACUUAGAACUCUUUGCAAACCCGUUUAGCUUUAAGCCUGAAUAUGCGCCUAUUUCAGUGCGAGUAGAGCUGACGAAACUCCAGGCGAACACUGACCUGUGGAAUGAAUACAGAGUCAAAGACUUGGGACAGUUUUAUGCUGGAUUGUCUGGUGAAGCAUACCCCAUUAUCAAAGGGGUUGCCUAUAAGGUGGCAUCCUUGUUUGACAGUAACCAAAUCUGUGAUAAGGCUUUUUCAUAUUUAACUCGAAACCAGCACACACUGAGCCAGCCACUGACCGACGAGCAUCUCCAAGCACUAUUUCGAGUUGCCACGACCGAAAUGGAUCCUCGUUGGGAUGAUCUUGUGAGAGAAAGAAAUGAUUCAUAAGCCUUUGUAGUACAACAAUUCAACUUGGAAAGGAAAAAUUAGUUUGAUUUUUCUUUCACGUUUACUAAUUUGGAUUGUUGCAAAGCACUGAGCUUACUACAAGAUGUCCAAAUUGAUAAACAUUGAAAUCUUUCUGACACGUUGCCUUUUAAAACCCCAUCUCAUUUGGCAACGUGAGACUGAAACAUAAGAACACACCUUCUAAAAUCUUAGCUUGGUGGAGAUGUCAUUGCCUUUUAUGUUUAUGUUAUAACUGAUUUUCAACACGUUUAGUAUUGAUAUUGUAACAUGAACUAGAAGUCUGGUUUUAAGAUAUCCUGGAGAUAUUUGCCAAAAGUUUCAGCUCUUAUUUUGACACAGUGUAAAAAGUGUGAUCCUGGUUUGAAAUGACCAACUCCUUCAAAGUGUAUUUAUGUCAGUUUACAGAAACUCAUAACAAAUUAAGUUUCUGAAAAGGAGCAUAUACACAGUGGAGGUAUUUGUCUAGUUAACAGAUUUUAAGAUUAUUUUUGGAAACAUAUUUCUGAGCCUGAAGUAAAUAGCUGGCAGUUUCAGCCCCCACCUCCACAUACCCAGUUCAUGGUGACAUUACAGAUGGAGGAAGUAAUCAAAUUUGGCUGGAGCAGCAAGAAUUAUCUUAAAAGAUUUUGAUGUAUGAGGCCUCUUACUAUCAGGAAUUAAGAAUAAACCAUUAUUGGAGGUUUGCUCCUUUUUAUUUCACAACUAGGGGUGAUUUUUUUCAGCUCGUCUCUCAAAGGACCAUGAGACGUUGGCUUUGUGCUGUAACAUUAUCAGACGAGUUAACUGUGAUUACGUCAACCCUACGGUAAAGCUCAGCAUUGUGAGCCUGAUGUAAAGGCAGCAGCGAUUUGUUAGCAUCCUCAAGUGCAGUGUAAGAGCUGUCGUGCUCCUGUCUGUCCUAAGGAUUGCAGCACGUUAUCCUGUCGCACAGUCCAGGAACCUGACUGCAACCACAAACUUAGAAGGAACUGAUGCCUAAGCCACGUGAGCCUAAGAACCAGUCAGUGAGGUCAGUGGUUCUCAGCCAGAGGUGGAACCCUCCUUCCUGAGAGUGCCGGGACGUGUGGGGGGCACCUUUGUGAUUAUCUGUUUAACUGGAGGGUUCUGCUGGCCUUUAAGCUUAAGAUCUCUCCUGUGGUUUUCAGGACAGCCUGAUGCCACGAAGAGUCAUCCCUCCCAAAGUGCCAGCACCCUCCCCGCCAAGUACACAUUAUCUUAUUUCAAGAGACAGGGAGAAUCUCCAGUAGAAGCUGAUGGCGUCCUUGAUAGGGAAGCCUAAUUCCAGCGGUGCAGAGAAGAGAAGCCAGUGUCAGGCUGACCUCUUGCUUAGCCAAGAAUAAGCUUAAGUACCUGAAACCGAAGUACUCUGCUGGUAAUUUCCCGUAGCUUUGUGUGCUACCUUUUACAGCCAAUAUUUCAAGUACUUUUAUUCUUUGAGAGAACGAUCGGAAGUCCUGAAAGCUGCUUCUACUUUCUAUUCCUAGUCCUCUAAGUAUUAAUAUCGUGUGCAUUCUAUCAAGUUCUUGUGUUUGCUUUAAGGUGAUAAUAAAAUUAGUUUGCAUUAUGUAGCCACUGUGUGAGUUUGGGAGAGAUAUAUAUAAGCUAAGAAUUUUUUUUUUUAAUUGACCCUCAGCAAUAGAGAGUUUGCUGUAACUAGUCUUAGGUUUUUUGUUUGUUUAUUUAAGGCAGUGGUUCUCAACCUUCCUGAUGCUGUGACCCUUUAAUACAGUUUAUAUUUGUGGUGACCCCAACCAUAAGAUUAUUUCAUUGCUACUUCAUAAUGUAAAUAUCUGCUAUGUGACCCAAAGGGGUCAUGACCCACAGGUUGAGAACCACUUGUUUAAGGUGUUUUGCCGUUUUCUGUAUUAAGGAACUAUAGCUGCAUGGCAGUCUUUUUUUCUUUCCUUUUUUCCUUUUGGAUAGAUAGUUGUUACUGGUCCUGUGGUAUCAGUGAAUAUAGUUAAAAUAAGUGCCAUUUAUAGGACAAACAACUGUGUCCUUAGCUGGUCCCAUUUCUUUCAUUCCCACUGGCUCAAUUAUUUGCUUGCCCAGUCUCCCAUAUUGCCAGUCAAAUCACCCAAGUUCAGGAUCUUUGUCAGUGUUUUUCCUUCCUUGAAACCGUCCUAGAUUUGCUGAGACACCAGCCCCCAGGUGUGCUCAGUCGUUGCAGGCAUCUCUUACUUAAGUGUAUGUGUGAGUAUGUCUAUCUGUUGCUCGGUUUGCUUGCUUUUAGGCUGCCUAAUCUCCCUUGCCUCGUUUUCCUACUCUACCUCCUUAGUUGCUCUCAUCUCCUAUGACAUUUACCAGCUGUAUUGCAGAUAUUUCUAAAUUCUUAUCCCCUGCAGAUUUCCCCCCAAGUCCUACUUACUAGUAUCACCGAUGCUCUUCUCUCUCCAGGCCUCCCCACACAUCUUAGCUCUUUCUCCCAAAUCUGCUCUUCCUCUCCUUUUCCCUUUAGCAGGCCUUACAGUCAUCAGUCAGUUGCCCUCACCCAAGCCCACUCACACUGCUCCAUGGUUCCCCAUUGCGGUCAGAAGAGAUAGGUGGACACUUGUUCAUCUUGCAGCUCACUGGUUUAAGCUCUAGUGGUGCCCUCUAGGCCAGGUGCCCAGCUACACUUGCUAAACACCUUUGUCCUCCCUACUUAGCAUUUCUUACUGCGAAUUGGUCAGUGCUAGACUGGAACUGGGAAGUCUGACCCAUUGAUUCAUCUCUAAUGAAUAGUUCAGAGCUGGCAUUUGAACAGAUGUUUGGGCAAAUAAAUACUCGUAUGGGUUUUCAUGACCUUUGAACCCUUCACAGUCUUCAUUUGAUCUUCAUAGACAUCCUGCCUGUUCACUGGCUAGUUCUUUGCCAUCUGUUGCAGAUUAAGAAAUGAAGCUCGCCUUAUUUGUGACUAGGGACCUUACUGUUGUGUUUCUUGAAUUUAGUGCAGUGCUUAGCAUGUGAUUCAAAUAUUAUGUGACUGUGGUUCAGAAUUUACCCUAGGAAAUUAAUAGUACUGUCAGGAUUCAAACCUAGGUGUACUCACAAAUCUGCUCUGUAUGUAGUGUGAAGUACAUCCAUAAUAUAGUCUGUAUAUAUUUUAAUUUCCAAAGGAACCUACAUAUAGAGGAAAGGGUUGGAUAACUGUUUAGAUUGAACUGAGUGCAGUAAUCUAAAACUUAUCUUCAGUAUUGGAGAAAUGCCACCUAAGAGUUAACAUCCGUUUUUCCUUUUGUAGGCGUCAACCCUAGGAGAAAAUGGCAUGCUAUUUAGUAGUUACUUUCCUUUACAGAUGAUUUCUGGCUCUUCUGGAAUUUCAAAGUAAGUAAACUUGUUUAUGAGAAGGUUGUCUUAGCCAUCCUGGCUACUAGAUCCUCAGCUCAUUAAUUUUCUUAUGUGUGGAAUGCCCACAUCGUCUCCCCAAAGAGAAAACCCCCAGAUGAGGUCCAGGAAACAUGUACUUUUUGAUUUGCUGUAUUUCCUUGCUUUCUUGUUUCAUGCCCCUGUGAAGUUUAAAAUCAGUCUUAUGUUGGAAAGCCAGACCCUGAGUCUCUUUCAUUAAGCCAUUUUGCCCAAUUUAAGAGAUGAGCUAGCAUUCUCUUAACUGGACUUCCCAGUUUUAGAAAGUCACAUUAAUUAAUUAAUUCACUCUGAGGUCUUGGUAGUAGGUACAAUAAUUAUCCAGAGAUUUGAUCCUUGUUGAAAAACUAGGUUUUCAUCAAUCUUUGGGUUCAAGAAUUUCUCAUUUUUAGUUUGUAUUUGAAAAAUUGCCUCAUUCUACACUGUAAGUACUUUAUAAUCUAUAAUUUCUGUCUUGAAACUGACCAAAUACUGAGUUCAUGUCCUACACAUUUUGUCAUAUGCAGGCAACAGCCACCACAAGAUAAUUUUUUCUUUUUUAAAUAAAGGGUAGAUGUCCUGUCUCCCAGUUCAUCUGAAGGGAGCACUUUUGCCUCUCCUUAAUAUAAAUUAAGUAAUUUAUUACUUGUGUAAUUAUUUUUUCUAUCUUCUGGUAGCAAUCUUCCCGAAUGCCUCCCAACUAAUCGCUAAGCAGCAUGCUUAAUAUUUAGUUCUGCAUCAGGAUGGGUAAGGUUGCCAUGAGGUGAAUAACUAUAAAAGUUAAUGCUGCUUGUCUGCAGCAGGUUGUCGAGGGCUUCAUGUAGGUGAGGGACUAAAGCCUGCAGGCCAAGUCUGUCCGGGCUCAUUCUCUAAGGCAGUGUUACCAGCCAUGUCUGUCCUGAACCGUCAUGGCUGCGUCCCUCUGCAGUUGCAGAUCUGAGAGCUGACCCAGUGUGUGCAGCACAGACUAAAGUAUAUUAUGGAAAAGUUCGCUAAUUUCUGCUUAAAAUGCCUCUGUCUUGCGACUCAGGAUAAAGCAGAUUCAUUAGGAGCUGACUGCUCGCUUUGGGGAAUGAGAAGAGAAAGUUUGACAGAUAGCAGAGGCUCCAAAGCCCACAGCCACACCAGAGCUCAUGGAGAAGUACAAUCCCUCCAUAUAGCUGGAGGAGAAUGAACUAUUUGGAAGAUAACACUAGUGAUUUUUGUGGUUCUAGUCCCCUAGUUACAUCAUAAAUAUGUCUUUUUUCAUUGAGAUCAAAGUUUACAAAUCUCCAGUGUCCAUCUCAGUGGAUUUUCUAUUCACCUGUGAAUGCACCAUCCAGAUCCAAGUAGGAAAUAGCCUGUCGCCAUUGCCCUGUGCCUUUCACAGAGAGUUGCCUGUCAGUCAGUUUUGCCUGUUUGAAAUCUAUAUCAAUGUAACUAUAUACACUCUGUAUCUUCUGUUCUCUCUGUGUCUGCAAGAGUAAUCCAUGUUGUGGGUAAUAAUAGCUCAUUUUUCAUUUCUGUGUUCAUAGUCCAUUUGUUGUACCAGUUUAUCCAUUCAGUGUUGAUGAAUAUUUGGAUUGUUUCCAGUUUGUGGUCAUUAUUAAUAAAAUUGCUAUUAAAAGCCUUG